GGAGGUCCUACUUACAAAGAAGUUAACAGGAAAAAAAAUUGUCCCACUCAAAAAACACAGUUUUAUGAAGCGAACUACCGAACACUUCUAUCUGCUGUUUUGCCACCGCUUUACGCGCGAAAUGAAGCCAUAAACUUGUUGCAAUUUACUCCGAAUGUUAUCAGAGACAGACGAUUGAGCAGUAUGCUGUUUUAUCAACUGGAUUAAACUUUGAAAAAUCCGAACCAAAAAAAUGGAGAGAACAGCUGAGUCCUGUUGUGGAGUCCUGCUGUCGUAUGUAGCUAGCUAGCUAAUUUGGAAAUAGCUAAGAAUUGCCCAAUUUUCAUCAGUCCACUACUGUGUGGAGAAGCUAUUUUCUGAGUGGCCUGCCACACUGAUUGCCAUUGAUAAAGUAGGUUCAGUGGGCCACUGCAGCAUUUUUCAAGAGCAUUGGCUGCCUGCUGUGUCUUGAUGCUCUUCAGUGCCUGGAUGUUGCGUGGGCGAUAAGGAUGUCCUGCUGGUCAGGAUUGUGAUGUGAUGGGGUGCAGGACAAGCAAGGUCCUCCCUGAGCCACCUGGAGAUGUCCAGCUAGACUUGGUCAAAAAGGUGGAGCCCCCUAAGACCGACAUCUACAAACAUUUCAUCCGAGGCGACGGCAGUGGGAGUAAAAUGGGAGGGGAGAAAACAGGCUCUCUCUCCCCACAGGCCCAGGCAGCUUUCCCAGCUGCCCAAGCACCCCCAGAUACAGGCCAACCAGAGGCCUCUGACCCACGCAGAAACAAAGUAGCCAAGUACAGAGCGAAGUUUGACCCACGGGUCACAGCCAAAUAUGACAUUAAGGCCCUGAUAGGCCGUGGUAGCUUCAGCCGGGUGGUGCGAGUGGAGCACAAGAGCACGCGUCAGCCCUACGCCAUCAAGAUGAUAGAGACGCGCUACAGAGAGGGGCGUGAGGUAUGUGAGUCAGAGCUGUGUGUCCUGCGGCGUGUACGCCACACUAACAUUAUCCAGCUGAUGGAGGUGUUUGAGACAGCUGAGAGAGUGUACAUGGUGAUGGAGCUGGCUACAGGAGGAGAGCUUUUUGACCGUAUCAUCGCCCGUGGCUCUUUCACAGAGCGUGAUGCUACACGCGUCCUACAGAUGGUACUGGACGGGGUCAAGUAUCUACAUACACUUGGCAUCACCCACCGUGACCUCAAGCCUGAGAACCUGCUCUACUAUCACCCUGGGGCGGACUCAAAAAUUAUGAUCACUGACUUUGGGCUGGCCAGCACUCGUAAGAAGGGGGAUGAGUGCUUGAUGAAGACCACUUGUGGUACACCAGAGUACAUUGCACCAGAGAUCCUGGUGCGGAAGCCAUACACUAAUGCUGUAGACAUGUGGGCUUUGGGGGUAAUUUCCUACAUUCUGCUGAGUGGAACCAUGCCCUUUGAGGAUGACAACCGCAUGCGCCUCUACCGCCAGAUCCUCAAAGGGAAGUACAGCUUCUCUGGGGAGCCAUGGCCCAGUGUGUCCAACCUGGCGAAGGACUUCAUAGACCGUGUGCUGACAGUGGACCCCAGCGCGAGGUUGAAUGCAGGCCAGGCUCUGAAGCACCCCUGGGUCCUCAGCAUGGCUGCCUCGUCCUCCAUGAAGAACCUGCAGCGCUCUAUCUCCCAGAACCUCCUGAAGAGGGCCUCGUCACGCUGCCACAGCACCAAGUCCGCCCAGUCCACACGCUCCAGCCGCUCCACCAAGUCCAACAAGGCUCGCCGUGCUCGGGAGAAAGAGCUGCGUGAGCUCAACCGCCGCUACCAACAACAAUACAAUGGCUGAGUAAUAGUUACAUGGGCUGUAAUGUUGACAAACUCAUAAUAUUGCGUGUCUCAUUGAGACCACAAGCAGGGACUUACCAGCAGCGGUCUAGAACAGCACUUCAGCUCAGCAAUAACUUCAACAUCCAUCCUAGGCCAUGGUGCCACUGAGGCAGCAAACAAAACAUCAUCAGAUUUCACUAUUUUUCCUAGAUUCCUAUUUCCUCAUGUUUCUUUCCUGUCCUUGUGUGUCUCCUCAUAUUUAUUUAUUGUUGUCGUGAUUAUAUUGUUUCCGUAGAAAUGGUCACUUGAAGCUGUCCAUCUAAACGGAUCUGUUGAACAGGAUUCAAGAUAAUGAAGGUUUAGGAAGGGAUGUUAAAAUGCUGUGCCUACACGUUCCUGAUUAUUUGCUGUGAAUUUAUUAUGUUACAAGAACAGUGAGUUACUUGCUUUGGUGGAGAUCUAUAUCUGAUUAUAUCUUGAUGUGGACAAAAAAGACGAUGAUACUUUGUGCUAAAACACAAGUAUGUCAGUAAAGGCCAAAUUAAACAUUUAUUUAUUUAAUUUUGGUUUAGAAGUCAGGUAUAUCCAAUCUUAUUGUAUCCUGACCAGUUGCUUUCAUGGAUUGCAAAUUAAGUCUCUUUCUUGCCAGGAUUCAGUUUUUAUAACCUGUCCAUUCAUGAUUUUUUUCCUAUUUGUUCUGGGAUUAUUUUUUAACUGUGAGCUUAAAAGGCUGUGGGAGGUUGACUGGAAACUCUAAAUAAGGACGGAUGAUCGAGCGCUUUUGCAUCGAUUUCAUUGUGGGGACUGGGGACUGAUUCGGAUCAAACCUAGUCGUGUCUCUGCACUCCUGUUCCUGCUACACCGUCUGAGAUGGACAGCCUUGUUGUAAUCAAGUAUGCACGUCAAGUGAUGUGUAAUUUAACAAACUGAUGGAGAAUCGGUCGGAUAAAUUUCUAACUGAUGGAGAAUAGUCCAAUGGUUGAAAGCUCAGUAUUCAUUUAAUUUGUUGUAUCAAAUAUUUCUUUCCAAUUUGUUCUGAGUAAUGCGUCAUGUUUUUACUGUAUUUUUUUUCAAUAUUUUUAUUGAACAAACCGUGUAGUUAGUAGAUUGACAACAACAAAAUGUGUGCUGUAGUGGAUGCUUUGCCAGUCGUAGAGCCCACAGACGGCUGUUGGGAGGAGAGACCAAUUCAAAUCAGGCUUUUCUGCACUAUUGUCAAGUCUUAAUAAUCAAUAAAUAUUACCAUAAAAUUAUAGGAUUCAAAAUAAAUCUUAAGAUGACAACUAUUGCUUUAGUCUCUUAAAUGGAUGUCUUCAACGUUUCAGAGGUUUUAUUAUUUUGAGUAUAGCCUGUGAAUGCACUUAUUUAAGUGAUGGUUCAACAGCCUUAUCUCAUUUAGCCUACCAUUUUGAGAGGUCAUCCAAUAAUGUUUUGAAGGGCGUGAAAGCGAUUGUGUAAAAAAUACUUAUACCUCUUUGGUAUUUGUUGACAGGCUUAGUCGUAGGUUUUGUAUAUUAAUUACAAAUGCUCUUGUUAGUUAGCUCCUUUUGUAUUUACCUUUUUGUACUCCCCAACCAGGGCACCCAUAGUAAGCAAUUGGUUUGAUGUCGUAUACAGUAUGUACUUUUGAGCAAUUUGCGGUGAGAAGCGCUGGUAUUUUGAAGUGAAUUUAUCAAAGAUACUGGAAAUCCAACAGCGCCGUAUCACCUGACCUCAAUCUCUCGUUUGGUAAUUCUAUAAUGUUACAUUAUUCUCCAUCUAAACUCAGUCGGUCCUACUGCUGUUUAUUAUAGUUUAUCACAAUAAAGGGCAGUGGUGUCUUUCCCGCCCACAUACUUGGCCAACUGUCAAUGUAAUGGUAACUGACUAUUAAGACCAUCUCUGUCUGUCACGUGGUGCCUAUUAAUGUUAUUAAUGACAGUUGUAUUGGUGUGCAUGUUUCUGUAAGUAGACACUUUUUGGGAAUAACAAAUCAUUAAGAACACCUUCCUAAUAUAGAGUUGCACCCCCAGUUUUGCCCUCUGAUCAGCCUCAAUUUGUCGUGGCAUGGACUCUAAAAGGUGUUGAAAGCAUUCCACAGGGAUGCUGGCCCAUGUUGACUCCAAUGCUUCCCACAGUUGUCAAGUUGGCUGGAUGUCCUUUGGGUGGUGGUCCAUUCUUGAUACACACGGGAAACUGUUGAGCGUGAAACCCAGCACCGUUGCGGUUCUUCACACAAACCGGUGCGUCUGGCACUUACUACCAUACCCUGUUCAAAGGCACUUAAAUCUUUUGUCAUGCCCAU